CUGCCAUGCCCUUUCAUGACAACACAGAGAAAAGUUGGAGAAAAAUCAGACCUGGUGAUGUACAAGAAACUGGUAACCAAGGGAACAACAGACUAUUGUUACCUGAAUGUGAGACUAGAUUUUGAAGAUGCGGGCCCAGAGAUAAGUGCUAUAGAUUUCAAGCAGAUCAUUCUAGAGGCUGUAACAUCACUGUUCGGACUGGCUGGGGCAUCGACUUUGAUUGACAUAUUGAGAUACGACCAAGCUGACAGAACAGCAGUUGUUAGAAUAUACCACAGAUUUUUGACGAAACUAUGGUCAUCACUAAGUUUUUAUGGCAAUUACAGGGGAAGAGCGUGUGCCUUUAGGGUGCUUCAGGUUUCUGCACAUUUAAUGGCCAUGGCAUGUAACAGUAGAUCUAUGGUUAUAGAAGUGGAACAGGAAAAAUAAUUACAGGAUGGCAGCCUCCCUGUAUGUGAAUUAGGAUAAUUUGCGUAUAUUUUUGCUUAAAAUAGU